AUAUAACAUAUCGACACGAUACAUGUUCUCAUCUAGAUGUCUGUAUCACUGACGUGUCAUCAUCAUGGAGAUUUAACUGGCAACUGAAAAAAUAACCGACAGCACCAGCAGGAUGUUACGACCCCUGUUCAAGUUGUUACGUAUAACUGUCACAAUGUGCCUUAUGUACGUUUUGUACCUGGUCUUCAAGUUGCCUCUAUUCGGUCCAUUUUUGAAAGAGUUAUUGCUUGCAGCGAAGCGCCGUCCGGGGGAGUACCUGGACACCGAUUUGACCCCCGACACGUUACGUCAUUGGUGGACAUGUACCUACUCAGAUAUGUACUAUAAACAAGCAUUCCAAAACUGUCCCGCCCCAAACCCAGAAGUAAUCGCUCUUCAAGAUAGAACAAUCAAACAAAUUUUGGAUUACCAAAUAAAAAGUAGGCCUUUGAUUUUAAAUUUUGGGAGUUGUUCAUGACCCGUCUUUAUGACGUCGCUGCUGCAUUUCGAAAGCCUGUUGCGAGACUUUAACGAUAUUGCUGACUUUUUGAUAGUCUACAUCAAAGAGGCACAUCCCUUAGAUGAGUGGAAUAUCACUGGUCACCAGUACUCACAUCUCCGCCAGCACGUGGACUUGCACGAUCGGAUAACAGCCGCGUCUCUAUUGGAAAAACACAAGCUUCCUUGUCAGGUGGUGGUGGACCCUAUGGACAACAAAGCCACCCUCCUUUACUCCGCCGUCCCCAAACGUCUUUACAUCGUACAAGAGGGCGUGAUUCGGUAUGCAGGUGGGAUGGGCACACACAGGUACCGUCUCAAACACAUCGACCGCUGGUUGCAGAAAUACAAGAAAUCUUUAGGCACACCUGUAAUACCUAUUACAAAGGACACUAUCGAAUAAAAGUAAAAACACCCGUCAUACUUCAAAUCAAACGUUGCAAUCAACGCUACACAGGUACGCCCCAGAACGACGAAGGCAACGUUUGACAAAACCCAAGGGUCACGUGCAGUUACGCAAACAUUUUCAGUCAUUGUUGAAAGCAAAUUAAGAGAGUUCCCGUCCAUAGCAAUUUUCUAUUUUUAUUUUGAAAUGGAAAGAGCACAGGCAGCAUGCGAUGCUAGCACUGGAUAGACUUUGCUGUCUCGUUCGCGUGCCAAAUUUUCCGAGCUUCACAUGAGGGACGGAACUGUACGCAUGAAGUUCUCGUGACAAAGCCCUCCCCUGGGGGUCCUGAGACCGGAGUUACAUAGACAGUUUCUCUCGUGUGGACAAGGAAUAACAAUAAUGAUCUUAGAUCGACGACUACACAAUCGAGUUCAUUAUCGACAGUGAAUAUUUAUGCGAGAUUAAAGCUAUCCUGUAUGUCAAA